AACGUCACAUGAUUCAACUCAGCUGGGUCAAGUGCAGAGAACGCCUCCACAACAUGGAGUUGGGGAGCGGAAAGGUAGCGAGAAGUGCGGGCGAGAGAUAGAGAAGGGGUCGGCAGCAGAAGAGAGCGAGAGGACGUUAGGCGAUAGGGACGCAGACCUUUAAUAGUUAGCUAUAUUGCAAAAGCGAGGCCUCAAGUCAUCGGUUUAAUGCCCCGUUCGGCAACAAGAGUUCAAGCACUGAGGCACAGUCAUCUGACGGCGUGAGGGGCUCCUUCAAUACAGUGCGCCUGGCUCUCGAAAAGGCCGGCGCUUCCCCGGAGAACUGGGAGGCUUUAACGUUGAACUGACAGGGUCCGUCACUCUGAGCGUCAGCUCCGAGGAGCAUUGGAGGAGGGAGGGCCUCUGCCACUCUCAGCAAGGAGGAGCGGAGGAAGAGGGUCUCGGCCAUUGCCAGCAACGAGGACGGGAAGACGAGGAGGAAGAUAAUUCGCUGUCCGGGAGGAGGAGGAGGGGUGUGACGAUGAAUGCCAUUGUGGCUCUGUGCCACUUCUGCGAGCUGCACGGUCCCCGGACCCUGUUCUGCACCCAGGCUCUGCACUCGGCCCUGCCGCUGGGAGGCACGGGAGGGGAGUGUGGUGCUGCUGACGACGAGGAAGGGGGCAUCCAGAUGGGGGCACAGGCACGCAGCCCGGCUGACGGGGGCAGCGAAACCUCAGGGAGCCCCGGACUUAGGAGGGCCGAAAUGUGUGAGGGCUGCCGCUCCUUCUCUCUCGGCCACCCGGGUUACGUCAGCCUGGACCAGGAGGCCUCUGUCAAGUACGUCAGCCACCAGCACCCCACCCGCCCACAGCUCUUCAGCAUCGUCCGGCAGGCCUGCGUCCGCAGCCUCAGCUGUGAGGUGUGCCCAGGCCGGGAGGGGCCCAUCUUCUUCGGGGACGAGCAGCACGGUUUUGUCUUCAGCCACACGUUCUUCAUCAAGGACAGCCUGGCUCGGGGCUUCCAGCGCUGGUACAGCAUCAUCGUGGUGAUGACCGACCGGCUCUACCUCAUCAACUCGUGGCCCUUCCUCUUCGCCGCCGUCCGCGCCAUCAUCGGACAGCUGCAGGCCAGCGCGCUGAGGGUGUUUGAGGGAGAACAGUAUGGCUGCCCCCAGCGGGCCCACCGGAUGAACACGGCCUUCACCCCCGGCGCCUUCCUGCACCAGCGCAACGGGAGCGCGGCACGGUCUCUGCCGUCACUCACCAAUGCCGGCAACCUCUGGGCCUCUCUGCACACUAGCUUUGCCUGGCUGCUGAAAUCCUGCGGAAGUCGUCUGACCGAGAAGCUUCUGGAAGGUGCCCCCACUGAGGAUACCCUGGUCCAGAGGGAAAAGCAAGCAGAAUUAGAGGAAGACUCCCUUUCCUGGGAGGACUCAGAACGCCCGCCCCGCCCCAUCGAUGAAGCAGUUGGCCCCCACGAGGGGAUGCUGGGCUCUUCGCAGCUGGGUCAUGCCGCUGAGUGUGCCUGGGGCUCCGGCCGGGCCUUAUGCCCUGGGCCGUCUCCAGUCUUCCGCUCCCUACGCCACAUGAGGCAGGUCCUGUCCCCAGUGUCCUUCCACGUUCUUGCCUGGCACGUGUUGAUGGGGAACCAGGUCAUCUGGAGGGGUCCCAACCGCAAGCUGAUCGAAUCAGCCAUCGAUGUUCUCGUGACCAUGCUUCCGGUGGGUUGUGUCCGCAAGGUUCCCUACAGUAACUGCUACGAGGAAGCCUACCGCUGCAAUUUCCUGGGACUGAGACCCGAGGUGCAGAUCCCUUCGCACAUCGCCGCCUCCGAGUUCUGUGUGGUGGUGGAUGUCCGGCCCCUCCACUCUCCAUCACCCACCAGCCACGGUGACCAGGACCCCCUUGGCAGCUACGAGUUCACCGUCAGCAGCAGUGCCAUGGUGACCGAUCGAGGUCCCACCAUUCUGAGUAAACUGGAAGCUGCCUUGAGCAACGAGAGCUUGUCGGUGGAGGUGGUGGAUCAAUGUCUCAUCUGCCUCAAGGAGGAGUGGAUGAAUAAGGUGAAGGUGCUGUUCAAGUUCUCCCGGGUUGAUAGCCGCCCCAAGGAGGACACGCAGCGGCUCCUGGCUGCCCUGGGAGCCAGCGACGAGGACAACGUCAAGCUCCUCAAGUUCUGGAUCACUGGACUCAGCAAGACCUACAAGUCCCACCUCCUGUCCAGCGUCCGGGGUGGUGCCAUGCCCCCGACAGAGGCCCACAAUUAGCGGGUGGACCCAGUGAGGCAAAGGAGGUGGGCGGGGGAUGCAGAGGAGCGAGGAGUGGUGUAAGGGAAUUGUAUUAACACCAGUGGAGACACAGUCAAUGACAUGGGGCUCUGUGGGAGUGGGGUCGCUGAGGGAACUGGAUUAAUGUCUGUGGGGUUCCAGUCAGUGACAGGACGCUGGGGAGAGGGUUCGCUGAGAGACUGUGUGAAGGAGCUGGAUUAAUGUCAGUCCGGAUACAGUCAGUGACACAGGGCGCUGAGAGGGACGGUCCACUGCGGGAGCUGUAUUAAUGUUAAUGAGGAUACUGUCAAUGACGCAGGGUGCGGAGGGAGGCAAGUCACUGAGGGCCAGUGAGAGGGAGCUGGAGAAACUUUGGCUCCUGAGGCCAUUCUGCAGAAGUCAGAUGUUUCGGUUCUGGAUACUACUGAUGCACCUUUUAAUCUAACACAGGGACUGAGAGUUUGGAUGUGUGUUUUCAAUGACAAUUUUGCUUUAAGUGUGUGUUUAACUUUGUAAUUAGUAUUUUCUUUAUUAAAGCCAGUGUUCUACUGUA